CAUGUAGUCGAUAUUCGGAAAAUUUUUGUGUUUAAACUUUCGUGCUUAGUUUGAGAAGAAAUUAAGCCAUAAGGCGUAACGGUAUUGUCUUCAGACGGUCUCGUAUUCGUUUCAGAAGGCGGGAUUUUAGCACAGACACGCUGUUGUGACUCGAUUAAUGAAAAUGAAUUUAUGGCGUAGGUCGAAAUCUUGGUUUCAGGACAGUUUUCCAGCGCAAAAAGAAAAUUUUGCGCCACAAGAUUAUUUGGAACAAGAAAAACAACUUUUGAAGACGAAAUACGAUCAGGAACGGGCUAUGAUCGAGAAACAAUUUCAUUACGAGAUGCUCGAGGCGAAAUUAAGACUUGAAAACGAAUUAAGUCGCUUGCAAGACGAACAUUCCCGUUUGAAAGCGAAAAGCAAGCACGAAAUCGAGAAUAAAGGGCUUGAAAAUGGCACUGGGUCGCCUAUAAGGGAUGGGAAAAGAUUUGCGAAAGAUUUGAAGGCUUCUCCGGUGAAAAAUCACGCUGAAAAUGGUCUAGACGGCUUGGAAUGGGAUCCCGUUAAUGAACUUUAUGACGAGAACGAGACAGACAGCUGGGAAGCACACAGCGAAAUCUCGCCCGACGGUUCGUUUGAACAAGAAGAUAAGCUGGCGGAUAACCCUGAAUCCAGGGACAGCGCUUAUGGUUCCAUCUCGAUGGAACUACAGCGUAAAAGUUUUACCGAAGUAGAAGCCGUCGCAACGAUGAAACAAUUUAAUACAAACGAUGUUGAGCGAAAAGUUGAUCAGCUGAGGAACAAUAUCAGACGCGAAAUUGCACGGGAAUACGAGGACAAAUUUCGAGAGGAGAGAAAAUUUUUGUACUCGGUUAUAGAUGAGCUGGAAGAGAACGUGGCGUUGCUCAGGAAGCAAAAAGAAGAUAUUGUGACAAUAUUUGAAGCCCAAGGGAAAUGACAUGUCGACGGUUAAACGGAUUCGAACGGUUGUAGCUUUUGAAAGACACAUUCAACUGGACGAAAUCGACAUGCAACUAACCGGAUGACAAGUGAACUGUGAGGCCACGUUUAGCUUUCUGCAGCGGCGUGAAAAAACCCACCUAUCCGUACCUUUUAGGAACGCUAUUUUAGAGGAAUUAUUGCAACGGAGAAUGUUAUUUUGCUCAGCUUCUGAAAGUUGUACUUUCCGUAUCGGAUAGGUGUUUUUUCGCGCCGCUACGCGAAAAGUUAUCCAGUACAGUAGAGUUAACGCAGCCCAAUUGAACUGAAUGAUAUACCAUUGACAUUGUGAAUUUGUCCGGUUUUGUUUUGAGCAUAGCUAAAUUUAAAUGGAUUAAUCCAAAAAGCGACAAUUUAAAAAAUACACAAAGUCAAAGAAACAUAUGUAUAUAAUGAAUUAAAGUUUUUGAGAUUGUAAAUUUCCGAUUUUAUUUCAAAGUCAUCAUGUAUAUAGACAGAAUGAAAAUUAACAGAAAGCAUUUAACUAUAAAAAAGCCAAAAGCGAAGUCUUUCUAUAUAGGUUUUGUAUAUUAAUGUUGGUUUAAGUAUAUUGUAUUUCAUCUCGUGAUGAAUUUGAAAUAAAGUCGAAAAUUUCCA